GCGCAGGAAGUAGUCCCAACAGUAGAUCGCUACGACACACGCGUGCUCGCGGCGGACCAUCCGCAUGGUGUUUAAUCCACGGGAAUGCGCGGUUUGACCGAACCAAGCCGAUCGUCACUCAGCCCAAAAUGGCGCUAUGUUUACAUCUCUGUAUAAUCGUGUAUUCUGUCUAAAAAGUCUCAUGGAGAGCUUUGGUGAUUGUAUUCUCACAGAAAGAUAAUCCGAUCAUUUGGCAACACCGGUGAUCCACGACAAAUCGGACGUUCGAUCUGUGACUCCUAAGUUCCUCAGCAUCAGUCGGAAGGAUGCAGACUGAGGCCACAGACUCUUCCCUGAGAGAGGGCAUCGAGGCUCUGGGUGUGAGCGACUCGGAGAAACCUGCAGUCGGCAAAGAGGAAGAGGGCAACACACACGAACAGGACACGGAGAUGACAGCGGCCACAGGAGAGGAUACGACCACCAGGGAUGAAACGGGUAACUCCAUUAAGAAAUACAAACCACACAGCUUGAAAGCACACUCAGUAGUAGAUGCAGUGGAAAGAGAAGUACACAAGGAUGCGCCUCAGGCAGACACAGGGCUGGAUGGUGGAGAGGGGAAGCAGGCUGCAGGAGUGGACAGUGAAUGGGAGCUUGCAUACAGUGACGAGGAAAUGGAGGACCCCAAAAACUGGAUGCCCCCGCCUGCCGAGAUCAAAAGACUCUAUGAGCUCCUCUCUAAAGGGGAGAUGCUGGAAUUGAACUUUAUGCCCCUUCCUAGGAGGCCCCCUACUCCUGAUCGUACCCCAUCACCUGAAAGAGAAGACGAGGAAGAGGCAACAAAGGAAAGAGGGAGGGAGGAGAGAGACUGCAGGCCUCCAGCUCCAACUGAGUUUGACUUUGAUGAAGAGCAAAUGCAAGCCACUCCAAAAAAUGCCUUUGUGAACAGACGCAGAACACCAGGAUCUUCAGCCCGCUCCUCUGUGAAAAGGGAAGCUCGGCUAGACAAGGUGCUGUCCGACAUGAAACGCCACCGCAAAAUUGAGGAGCACAUCAUGCGAACGGGUCGAGAUCUCUUCAAGAGUGAAAAGAAGCUGGAGGAGGCUCUGUCUCCAAACAGCCAGAAGGAGCGGGAGAAGGAGAGGGAACGAGACAGCAACCCCAACACCAUCUUCUCCCCGAGACAGAGGAGAUACUGAAGUAUCAAUAGAUGAGGACUUGCUCACAGGCAAAUGGGGCCAAGUGCCUUCCAGGCUCUCAAAACUUGAAUUUUUUUUUAUCAAACAAGUUUUGUAUGUUUUGUAUGUGUUUUGUAUGUUGGCAAUAAACAUUUUAACCCUG